AUGUCCUCACAAAGUGCAAUCGGUUCGCUGGUCUUUUUCACCAAUGCUCUAAGUACCGCUUCAGCUUUUCACCAGGUUUUUACUCGCACCAACAGACGUCGUGCCUUGUCAUUGAGUUCCGCUCCCCCCUCUCCUGCAAUCUUUCCUGAAAAAUUACCUCGCAGUCGCUUCAAAUGGUUUAAAACAAAGAGGAAAUACUCCAAAUAUACCCCUCCGCCAACUGCGGUCCACCCUCAUGACGACGACAUGUCAUCAAUAUGCUCGGAAUCUGAAAUGUAUUUGGAAAACCGAAGGACAUUAUCGGUGCCCGAUUUGCCCAAUUGGAAUUCGCCAAUGUCAACGUCACAGUCUACAUUUGUUCACACGAGUCUUGACGAGACUUUGCAAGAAGAAGACGAAGAGGAUUGGGAUAAAAUGAUCGCUGCGGACGAGAAGAAGACAAACCUGUUCAGCAAAAGAAGACCUUCGUUGCCCCCUAUACCCCUCUCAUUUCCACCCACGAGGGGGAAGGCGGAGAAGAGGAAACAUAAUAGGUGCAAGUCUUUGCCGCAGAUACCGAUGCAGGAUUUACCCAAUAGUUUGUAUCGGAAACCAUCACAGAGGGAGAGUUGGGAUGCUUUUUACGUCAUAGAAACACCAGAAAUCCCCGUUCCUCAGGCUGUCGAAGAGUCUCAAAUCUUUAUCCGUAUGGACAUGUUUAACAUACGCGACUUUGAUUCUCAGAUAAAAGCACUCGAGACUCUUCGUCAACAAAAGCGUACCCUGACCGAGUCCCUUCUGCCAACCUCCAGAUGCCUUGGCAACCACCCUCUGCGUUCACAUAGAAACACCGAGCCAUGCCACGAUACUCUUGAAGCCAAAUAUCAGAGUUAUUGGGAAGAAGCCGAAGUCAUACUCGAUCUCAGUGCGCAAGACCAGACUCACAUAUUUGGCGGAGGUCGUCGCAUUCACGUAGGCAUCGAACGUACGCCAUCAGAGCGACAUUUUCACGUAUUGAAAAAUAUUAUCAAAUCUGAAUUGGGAGAUGACGCGUCAAAGGUUAUCCAUCAGUCGAAAGUAACAGAUGACUAUAUGGUGGAAGAUAUAAUCAACGACGAUGAUUCCGACAAAGAGAAUAGAUUGUUGGAGAAGGUUAACGAAAAGAAAAGGCGGAGGGAACGAUUGAGGAUAUCGGUGGAUAUGGUGCCGUGUCUGAUUGGCCGUUUGAAAAAGCUGCGGGAAAUCCUUUCUGAGAAUAUUAAAGAAUUAACUGUGCUUGCUCAGGCAGAGGGCCGUGGAGUUGAAUGCAUGGGAACUGAUGACAGGAAUCUAAUUGCCAGUUGA